AUGAGCCGCUCUGCUGCCAAUCACUUCGUGCACAUUCUCGAUGCCUCCUGUCUCGACGCACAUGCCGCUGAGCAGAAACCUGCUGCACACUCUGCUGAGCUCAAACCUGAUGACCUGUCCUCUGACAUGCACUCCGCUGAGCAUAAUCCUGGCACAAAACUCAUCAUGGCCUCCACUGAGCUCGAUGUUAAUGUCCGUUCUGAUGCAGUCUCCGGUGCAGUUUCUGAGACAGUUCCUGAAACAGGCUCCGCUGAGCCCAAUUCUGAGAUCAUUUCCAUUGCAGUCAUCGACGCAUGCUCCGCUAAGCAUAAAGCUGAUGUAGGUUCCAGUGCAGGCUUCGCUGAACCUGAUCCUGAGGUAGUUCACAAUGCACACUCUGCUGAGCACGUUCUCGAUGCAAAACCCGACACAUUUUUCGAUGCAUGCUCCGCUGAGCAUGAACCCGCUGACACAUAA